AUUCGAGAACCGGAAGGGUCCUUCGACUCAGGAGCUUGUCCCUGCCGGCACACUUGGAACCACCCUUGUCGACCUUCAACACCGUCGCUUCUCCUCCUCUCAGCUCCUACCCCAGUUCAAAAGUCGACAAGCGACAAGGCAUUUCUUCCGGCUCCCUGUCGACUGAUCAAACCACCUCUCGCAUCCUUCUUCGUACAUCUGCGUAUAUCUCCUGUUUGUCGACCCCGCGGGGAAAAAGACCACAUUCUCUUAUUCUACACCAUCUCGGUCUGUUUAUCCGCUAUCAGGUCCCACAGCCCGAGCAAUCCCCCCAGCCAGCCAACAUGGAGUCUCCGCCAUUUGCUACAGAUCUGGAUCGGAUAGCAGACACCCUGCGUCGCAUUGACACUGGUGCUUCAUCCCACUCCUCGCGACAGAAUGCCCCUUCCUUUGACCCCAACACUGCUGUCGAAAGGAACUCAGACAUCAUGAACCCAGAACCUCGCUACCAUGUCUCCUCCUCUCGCGACUUCCCUAUGCCUCCCCCAUCCAAGGGCCAGGCUGUCGCCCAAUGGCUUGAGGAGAGCGAUGAUGUAGUCGAUGAAUAUCACAUGCCCCUACAGAGAGAUUCGAGAGGAUCCCUCCCCCGACGACCGCCGUCUAGGGACCAGCCUCAAUCUAUUCGACGAGAGUCAGUGAACUCACAACGCAAGUCGUCCAACGCAUCAUCCAACUACUACCAGGCAGGAUACAGCCUCUACCCUGCUCCUUCAAAGCCGCUACCACCAAUUCCCACUCCUAAAGCUACCACCACUCCCACUUAUCGGGUACCUUCCCGAGACUCUUCAGAUCGAUCAUCUAUCAGCACUCAUCGUUCCUCUCAGGUCUCAGCGACCGCAUCAACACCUGAUGCUACCUCUGUCAGCUUCUCACCGGGGACCCCUCGUCGCAGCAGGGUCCCUCAUAACUUCUAUAAACCUCCAGAUCCUUCUGAACUUCUUCCUCCACCCCGAAAAUCGUCUCGUCCUGCCGAGGUUGUGUUCUGGAAGCGCCUUCAGUCUGACGAUAAGAAGAAUGGCCCUAUCCACUACCUCGACAUGUCUUCUAGCCUUGCCACAUUGGCGACCAAACAUGGAAACAACAUCAUAAAGGUUUGGUCCACGGCGGGAGGCACUGUUCAGCAGGUCAUCAAGAUUUCCUCCUACACCGCGGCCCAGUCUCGCUCUCGCGAGUAUCUUAUUCGCAGUCAUGCCAUUCUCUCAGAACCUAUGAAUCUCAUUGCCAUUGCCACCCGUUUUGGCAGAUACAUUGAAAUUUGGAACUGGGCCAAGAAGAAGAACCUGCAGUCAAUCGACAAUGCUGAUCGGUGGACUUCAGCCCAAAUCGAGUCUUACGACGGCGCUCUCAGCUCUCUUGCCAUUUAUGGCGGUGAGAAGGGGAUAAUUGAUCUCUACAAAGCGACUCCAGACAAGAAGCCCUUUGUCAAGACGCGUACCAUUGACCUAAAUAAGGUUGAUCUUCCGUUUGUCCCCCAGUAUCCAGAGCUUGCACUAUCAAGGACGAGCCCUUUGCUUGUCAUUGGUGCCGGACCACGUCCUCCGCGCCAAGGUCACCCUCCUCCAGAAAAGGAGACGCUUUUGGUAGCGUGGGACACUACAGAAGGCGCCUCAGACAAGCCUUACCGAGUGGCGAGGCCGUGGCAGCACAAAGAGCUGGAUACGGCUAUUCCUUGCGACAUGGUCACCUAUGGAAGUGUCUGUGUCUCUAUUUGGAUCCCUGCUACUUUCCGUGCCGUGCCCGCUACAAAUGGCGGUUCGGGCUACAAUCUUAGCCCCGUCACUGUUCCGUACCGCUAUGUUUUGCUUUGGGAUCUUGCAGCCAACUCCACCCGAACCUUUGGCAUUCCUAAUACGACGUCUUGCCUCUCACCCGAUUGCCGCUUUGUGGCUUACUGCCAUGCAACCGGAACUGACAUUGGAGCCCGAGGCAGCAUCGUCAUUCUGGAUGUCAUGACAGGCAAGGAGGUCUGGAGCUGGCCAGACCCAGAGGCUCUAGCUAUUGACUAUACUCCUCGGCCGGGUUUUGAGCAAUUCGAUGACCUUGCGCGAGUCACAGAGCUCUCUUUCUCCGCCGACGGAAAAUUCUUGAAUGUUGGCGACUUGGAUGGCCAUGUCGGCAUGUUUGAAGUGCGUGAAUCUACUGGAGAUAGACUGCAGCUCCACAUGAUUUAACAACAUGGGAUUUUCUCCCAGAUGAAUGGCAUCUUCUCACAGGAUGUGGGAACAAUUUGUUUUUAUGAAGUUAUGCUUGAUUGCAAUGUAUUAUCGCUAUGCUUGGACGACCGAAGGAUAGGGUAUGAUCGAUAACAAUAAUUCAGAUACCAAGGUUUCAAUAUUGGCUAUUUAUCCACUUAAUUAUCUACUACGAACUACAUAUCACU